GCCUAGGUCAGGCCUGGGAGAUUGCACGGAGGAUGCCCACGGGUAUUUCGGAGUCUCCUGGCAGCCCACGCCCCAGCCCUAUGGCGACGUCCUUCUCAGGCCGGGAUGCAGAGCAUAGUUAGGAAUUGUCAAGUCCUUAGCUGGUCACGAGGAGUCCGCAGCCCGGGCGAGCGUGGGCGCUGUGGAGGUCCGUGUGAUCUGCCCAGACUGUCACACUGCCCAGGGCAUUCUCGAUAAAGUGAGGCACAGAGUCUAAAUUAACCUGUCCAAGGCCAGACAGUUGGCAGAGUAAGUGGAAUCAGAGACACACAAGACUUCACGCCAGCACCCUUUACCUUCCAAAGGAGUGUCCGUCCACCACAGACCAUGUCCUACGUUUUUGUGAAUGACUCUUCACAGACUAAUGUGCCCUUGCUUCAAGCUUGCAUCGAUGGGGACUUCGCCUAUUCUAAGAGACUUCUGGAAAGUGGCUUUGACCCAAACAUCCGAGACAGCAGAGGCAGAACAGGCCUGCACCUCGCCGCAGCCCGAGGGAACGUGGACAUCUGCCAGCUACUACAUAAGUUUGGUGCUGAUCCACUGGCCACGGAUUAUCAGGGGAACACAGCCCUCCACCUGUGUGGCCAUGUGGACACCAUCCAGUUCUUAGUUUCCAACGGGCUCAAAAUUGAUAUUUGCAAUCAUCAAGGUGCUACCCCUUUAGUUCUGGCAAAGCGCCGGGGCGUGAAUAAAGAUGUCAUCCGACUGCUGGAGUCUUUGGAAGAACAGGAAGUAAAAGGAUUUAACAGAGGCACACACUCGAAGCUGGAGACCAUGCAGACGGCGGAGAGCGAAAGUGCCAUGGAAAGCCAUUCACUGCUCAACCCCAAUCUCCAGCAAGGCGAAGGAGUCCUGUCCAGCUUCCGGACCACGUGGCAGGAAUUUGUGGAGGACCUGGGUUUCUGGAGGGUCUUGCUCUUGAUCUUGGUCAUUGCUUUGCUGUCUCUGGGCAUUGCCUACUACGUGAGUGGGGUGCUGCCCUUUGUGGAUAACCAGCCUGGGCUGGUGCACUGAGGGCUCUCGGACGUAAGGCAAGGGGCAGCUGGUGUGGCUUUUCAGUUCUUAGACCAUUUGUUAGCACAAGGCAGUGAGGCCUAUCCAUGUUUAGGACUUUUAUUUACUGUGACACUUACAGAAGAAUGAUGUCCCCUCUGAACUUCA